GUGAAAUUUGUAAAAAAAACAUAUGGAAAAAUAUUUUUGUAUAUCAUUUAUGAAUAAAACAAAAAAAAAUUAAUUUCUUUUGGAAUUUUAAAAACUCUUAUUUUUCACACUCACUGAUAUUUUUAUAAAUAGAGAGGAAAGAGAAAAAUAUUUUAUAUGUGAGAAAAAUAGAAUAAUAUUGUUGUUUGAUUAAGGGGAAAGAAGAGUGAGAGAGGAAAAUUUCAUAUUAUUGUAUCGUUGAAAUAGAACUCAAAUUUCUAAAUAUAGAACAGUUGCUUUCGACUCGUUGUUCAAACUCGUUCGUUAUUUUGUAUGUGGUGUACAUAGGAACGUGAUUUGCGUGAUUUUUUUUCUUUUUUAAAUUUUUGAAAAAAAAAAGAAAUUUCAAAUAUUUUUAAUAUAAUAUGUAUACUGUGGUGAAAAUUAAAUUAAUAAAAACUGUUAAAUAAUCAAAGAGAAAAGACGGCCAAGAAUAUAUAAAAAAUUAAAACUUAAAAAUAAAAAAAUUUCAUAAAAUGGAAUUUAAAAUACAUAUUUGGAAAAUUUAAAAUUUGUGGUUAAUUUUAAGUGAAAUAUUUAUCCGAAUUUCGAUUUAUAUGCUUAUAGAGACUUUUAAGGUGGUUAAAAAUGUACAGAAAAAAUUUUUUUUUUGCUUAAUUACUUAAAUUGAAAAUUCAUGAAGAAAUUUGCUUUGAGAUGUUUUUAAAUCAGGAAACAAUAACUGUUACUGCAUUUCACGCAUAAAAAACAAAAAUUUCAGUAGUAAAUUGAGUUCUGUAGUACAGAGGACCUCCUGGAAUACAUAUGUAUAUAUACUUAGUGACUCAUUCUAAAAUUUGUUCUAAUUUUUAAAAUAAAUUAUAAACUUUAACUAAAUAAUGCUAUUAUUUUUAAUGAACUUUCUAAGAAUUGACUCAAAAUAACAUAAAAAAAAAACAAAAAACAACAACAAGAACGUGAUUUUUUCAUUUUGCCACUUCUAUCGUACAUAUUUUCUCGUUUUUCAUUUGUCAACAACAUGAAAACUAAAAAUUUUUCCCCCAAAAUAAAAAUAUAAUUUAUAGUGAAAAGAAAAACAAAAAUUUUUUUUGGGGAUUCCAGGAAAACUAAAAACAAAAAUUAAUAUAAAUUCAAAAUUAUUAAGAAUUUAAAAGAAAAUUAUUGCCACUUUAUUAUAAUUUAAAACUGAAAAAGAAAAAAAUAUAUGAAAAAUUUUGAAAAUAAUUUAAUAAAAAUAAAAAAAAAUAAAUAAUAAUAUUGCAGGAAGUACAAAAUUAUUAAAAACCAAAAAUUAAAAAAUAAAAGAAUUAUGAAGAAAUCUAAAAAUAAAUUAGAAAUAAAAAUGUUUUGGCUAAAAAAUUCCCCUUCAAAUUUAUUGAUUUUAUCAUUUCUAUUAUUUAACUGUCAUAUUAAUUCUCCAAUAAGUUUAUCAGUUGUAGCAGCAACUUAUAAUCAUGGAACAUCAUCAUUAUCAUUUGAUGAAAUUAAUAAUAAUAAUAUUGGUAGUGGUAGCAACGAUGCCAAAAUAUCAACAUAUCCAUUACAAUUUAAUAAUGAUAUAAAUUCAAAUAAUAAUAACAAUAACAAUAAUAAUGUAAAUUUUAAUUAUACAAAAUAUUUUGAAAAUAAUAAUUAUUACAAUAAUAACAAUUACAAUAACAAUAAUUACAAUAAUAAUAAUAAUAAUAAUGAUAAUAUAAAUAUACAAAGUUUAAGUGAUUGUUCACCGGACCGUCUAGUGGUUUAUAAGGUUGUACUGCAUACAUAUUGGACACGAAAUUUAUUUCCAAAACAUUAUCCAGAUUGGCGGCCACAAGCCCAAUGGACAAAAACAAUUGGUGAGUAAUCAAAAAUAUUCAAAUAUUUCUUGCGUUAUUUAUCACAAAUUGACCUUCAGAUAGGUAAGUAGAAUUGUAAAUUUAAUUGAAAACAACAGUUUUGUUUACAAUUUUAAACAACUUUUA